AUGACAAAUAUUCCAUUUGAAAAUGUGACAUUGAGGUAUUGGCAUGGUGGGAAGUUCCAGGUUGGUAAAAAUGGGGAAUUGUUGUAUUUAGGGGGUCAAGGCAGGACCUUUCAGGUAAAACCAAAUGAAAUGUGUUUUUGGGGAGUUCAAGAAUCAGCUUGUAAGUCUCGUAAUUGCAGUGAAGUUGAUAAGGUGUACUAUAAGUUUGAAGGUAAGACAUUGAUGGAAGGAUUGAGUGAGGAUGAGGAUGACCCUCUGUAUGAUGCUAAAAACAACCCAAUUGGGGAUAACAUUGGUGCAAGUGAUGAUGUACUGACCGAGGAAGAGUUAGAUGUUGAGUAUAUCGAGGUUGAAGACUUAGCUGCUGACCAGGGUUUGGUUGGGGAAUCUGAUAAUAAUGAUGAGGAGUUUGCAUUAGCUAGAGAAAGGGAAGCUGCUGAGGGGAAAUUAAAUACACAACAACCACCAGUGAGAGAUCCACCUAGAGUAGAUGUAGGCACAGGGUAUGAAAGUGAGUACUAUGAUAGUCAGGAUGAUUGUGAGACACCCCAAGACAGUGGUCAGAGGUUUACAAGAGAUGAUUUCAAGAAUGUUGUGGCUAAGUAUGUCAUCAUGCAAGGAAGAAAUGUCAUUAUCACAAUAAGCAACAAAGCUAGGAGGCAGGAGGUUGGAGUGACUUGUGACAAGAGUUGUCCAUUCUACUUGUAUGCAUCUUGGCAUUCACAUAAAGCCACUUUCAUUGUCAGGAUAGUAGUUGUGGUGCACCACUGCCAUGGAAACAUGGAAAAGAAAAGGCAAUUAAAGAUAACUUGGGUUGCCAAGGAAAUGUUAGAGGUAUUCAAGGCAAGGCAACAUUGGCCUGCCAAGGACAUCAUUGAAACUGUAGAAAGGGCAUACAAGGUAUUGGUUACAAAAACAUUUGCAUAUAAAGUUAAGUAUGCACCACACAAGAUGUUGCAUGGAUCUAUGCAAGACCAUUACCUGAAGGUAGGAAGGUACAUGGCAGCCUUGAAGUCUUCAAACCCUGGUACAGUUGUGGACUUGGUAACUGAUGGAUCCAAACAAGCUAACCCUCCAGUAUUUCAAAAGUUGUUUUGCUGUUCUGAAGGACUUCAAAAAGGGUGGACGGAAGGUUGCAGGAAGGUGAUAUGUGUAGAUGCUGCCUUCUUAAAGACCUUCUUGGGUGGUCAGAUUAUUACAAGUGUAGGGAGGGAUGCUAAUGAGCAAAUGUUCCCAAUUGCAUGGGCAGCAGUUGAAGGGGAAAACAACUUGUCAUGGGAGUGGUUUUUCCUCCACCUACAAACUUGUUUGCAACUGGGAGAUGGCAUUGGAAUUGCUAUCAUUUCAGUUGAGCACCAGGCUAUCCUAAAUGCAGUCGCAUCUGUUUUCCCUAAGGCAUAG